AUGCAAUUCUCAAUUCUCCUCACUACCUCCCUCUUCUUCCUCGUCACUUCUGCGAGCAAGAACCCUCGAACCAGCCCAGAGGAACUCCAAAAACGAGCUGAUGUUGUCGUUGCUUGCGAAGCUGGCACUUUCCAAAAUCCAGGGGAAGACAUGAAAAAUGUGGUUUGCAAAGCAUUUGCAAAAUGCCAGAGCGGAAGUGACGCAGAUGAGGAAACAGAUCCUACGACAGGCAAGAUCAUCAAUGUAGCUCAGUGCUCAGGGUGCCCAACUCAACUGGGCGACCUCGUAAAUAGAUGCUUCUACGUCCAGAGCACUCCUGCUGGCAUCAUAAGACUGCCAUCUUCUGGCAGUGACGUCCUGGAUAAAAUGGCCGGCAAGAACGCCGAUGACACCACCGGCAAAACUAUUGAUAACACCACUGGCAACACUGUCGAUAACACCGCCGACAACACUGUUGAUCGCACUGUCGAUGACACGGUCGAUAACACUAUUGAUAACACUGUCGAUGGUGAGUACCAGUAGACAGCUGCUUGGAGGAUUUGGAAGGAUUGGAGUUUAUUCUUUUUUGGGAGGUUUGCAAGAACCUGGCGUUGGAAUCUGCAAUUUUUGGCGCAAAUGGACGGACGGCGUAG